UGUCAGAGGAUCAUGCGGGGGAUAAACUCUCCUUCCCAUCAAUUCCACUUCCAUCCUCCUCCUCCUCCUCAUUCUGUGAAUCCAACCAACCGAGCUGAGGAAUAAUGCCUGCAAACAACACCACAGCCCCAACACAUGUGCCGGACUACACCUGCGUGCGUUUCUACGUGUCCACCGUGUCUUUCUCGGUGCUGCUCUUCUUCAACCUCAUCAUCAACUGGACCAUACUUCGCGUCGAGCGUCUGCGGAGUCAUGCGCGCUUCGUGCUGGUGUUCCACCUGCUGGUGUCCGCGCUGCUCUACCUGGGGAUGAGCAGCGUCUUCCACUACCAGAUCCACCUGCAAGCGCGGCCGGUGCGCUCCGCCUGCUUGGCCAUGAUCACUUGUUGAUCAGCAGCGCCUUGCAACAUCCUCCUGACGCUCACGGUGAUGGCUUUGGACCGCUACUUCGCGGUGUGCCAUCCCAUGCGCUACAGCUCCACCUGCACCGCGGGGCGCUGGCCCUGGACGCUGGGUGCGUUCACCUGGAUUGUGGCUUUGGUCAUUCCCCUCAGUCUGCUCCUCCAGCCGGACUCCCAGACCGAGUAUAAUGGGGUGUGUGACAGGGAACAGCUUAAAAAAGGCGAGCUGCAGAAGGUGCUGUUCAUAGGUGUGUGCACGGUAAUAAUAAUGUACAGCUACGUGAGUAUUCUAGUAGAGGGAAGGAGAUUGGGGGUGUUGAAUCGGCGCAAUGAGGCCGGGUGCAGGACGAUCGCCCUGCAUGGAAGCCAGUUGGCUGUUUACAUCCUUCCUAACUUUGUGAACUUCGUGUUGACGGUGUUGUUCAAACAGAAGCUCAUUCAUCAGGAGACUAAAGAGCUGGCAGCCGUGGUUAUCUUCGCUUUUUUCAGCUUGGCGCAGUGUGUGGCACCGAUUGUUUAUGGAUUGCGUAAAGAGGAACUAAUGGAGCAGGUGGGUCACAUGUUCCCCUGCUGUUCCUACUUGAAGAGGGUCCUCGGCUGGACAGUGCGAGCCAACUGGCCACACACCCAACACACACCACGGGAGCGAACACUGACAGUACAGACGAUCAUCUCCCUACCGAACCCUACAGACCCAGAGGAAGAGGAAACACAGGCAAUAUCAGUCAGGAGUUCCUCACUGGACUUAGAGUCAUAUAGCUGCGAUACGGACAAUGCCUGAUGGGAAAAAAGCAGGUACAUUUCAGGAUUAUCUAACAACAGGAACAUUACCAAAAGUGGCUCAACUCAGGCCUGGAAGGACCUUAAGAAACCGCCUUGGACAUCAUAGGAUCUUUUGUCCUCAAUAGAGAAUGUUGAGACCUGAUCAGCACGUUGCACUACACUGUUUUUGACCUUUUUCACCACAGAGCGAACAUUGGAGCUGCUUGAAGAAGCAGAAGAAGACAAUGUGGUUUCAGAAAAAGUGGGAAGUUCUCUUGUUGUAAAAUGUUCUGGCUUGUCCAGACAUUUAAGCCUUAAGUCUUCAGGUGACCAGCACAUGCAUGGCUGACCUCAAGGCCACAAAAAGCCUUCAACAAUUUGGGAUUCAAAUGAUUGGGAGAGACGAUAAAGGAUAUUUCAAUAUUAUCCUCUUGUGAAUAUUGUCUUCAUGUGUUCCUAAGCCUGUGGGUAUUAAACAAUGUGAAUUUAA